GUGCGCACGCGCGUCUGAGACAGAGGAGGAACCAGCCGCACCGACAGCGCGGUCGAGUAGGGGUGCAGCCGGCGGCUGGUUCAGGCGACUCCCUGGGAGGCCGACGCAGGCAGACGGGCGGGUGCUGGGAACCGAGCGUCGGCUUGCUCCCCGCCGUUCCCGCGGGUUUGUGAAGAGGUCGGCGGCCCCAGCGGGCGCCAGUCAGCUUUAAGAAAAAGUAGGAAUCACUUUUGACUCUACUGAAUAGCAAAAAUUAAGUGCACUGCAAAUCAUGGCACUGCCAUUCCGGAAGGACUUUGAAAAGUACAAGGACCUUGAUGAAGAUGAGCUCCUUGGGAAUCUUUCAGAGACGGAACUGAAACAACUGGAAACUGUUCUGGAUGAUCUUGACCCCGAGAAUGCCCUUCUACCUGCAGGGUUCCGGCAGAAGAACCAGACGUCAAAGUCCGCCACAGGGCCAUUCGAUAGAGAACAUCUCCUUUCGUAUCUGGAGAAAGAAGCCUUGGAGCAUAAGGACAGGGAAGACUAUGUGCCCUACACUGGAGAAAAAAAAGGGAAAAUUUUCAUCCCCAAACAGAAACCUGUACAGACUUUUACAGAAGAAAAGGUAUCGCUUGAUCCAGAAUUAGAAGAAGCUUUGACAAGUGCUUCUGAUACAGAAUUGUGUGACCUUGCAGCUAUACUUGGGAUGCACAACUUGAUAACAAAUACACAGUUCUGUAAUACAGUGGGAAGUAGUAAUGGUGUUGACCAAGAACACUUUUCAAAUGUUGUAAAAGGGGAAAAAAUUCUUCCAGUGUUUGAUGAGCCACCGAAUCCAACCAACGUUGAAGAGAGUUUAAAGAGAAUUAAAGAAAAUGAUGCUCGUCUUGUUGAAGUUAAUUUGAAUAAUAUAAAGAAUAUCCCAAUUCCAACCUUAAAAGAUUUUGCGAAGGCUUUGGAGACCAACACACAUGUGAAAUGUUUCAGUCUUGCAGCCACCAGAAGCAAUGACCCCAUUGCUGUUGCUUUUGCAGAAAUGCUGAAAGUGAACAAAACGUUGAAGAGCUUAAAUAUGGAGUCCAACUUUAUUACAGGAGUGGGGAUUCUCACACUGAUGGAUGCUUUAAGAGAUAAUGAAACCCUGGCAGAGCUCAAGAUUGACAAUCAGAGGCAGCAGUUGGGGACAGCUGUAGAAGUGGAAAUGGCAAAGAUGCUUGAGGAAAAUACAAAUAUUCUUAAAUUUGGAUAUCAGUUUACACAUCAGGGACCACGAACCAGGGCAGCUAAUGCUAUAACAAAAAACAAUGACUUAGUGCGCAAGAGACGAGUUGAAGGAGACCACCAGUAAGUCUGCCAAGACUUCAAAAGAUCACCGAGAGCUCAUGUUGGUGGCAUCAGAUGUAAACAUUUUCCUAGGUAGAAGGGAAAAGACUGGAAAUCUUUUUUAAAUACGUGCAUUUUUUUUAGUUUAAGUUGUUAUCCAUUUCAAAUUGUAAAAUCAAUAGUAGGCGAUAUUUUAUAUUUUAAUACAUUUCUACUUUCUCCUAAAAUCAAUUUUAAUUUAGCUUAAUUGAAUGAUUUAUGAUGACUCGGGCAAAAAAAAAACACAAUUGUAAAUAAAAAAAGUUUCAGAAGUCAUUUAUGCAGAAUAAUUUGAACAUUGUAAGGACCAAUCUUUUUUUUAAAUCAAAGGGACAUUACUGAUAUCCAAAUUGCUAUUGCUCUUUUUUUUUUUUUUUUGAGUGCUAUUGCACUCAAGAGCUUUCUUUAUUCCAUGACCUGAAGAUUUUUCCAUUUUUUAAAAUACAUGAACUUGGCAAGGGUGUGUUUUUUCAUUAGCAAGAGAACAAAAUGCCAGAAUUUUAAAAUAGUUGACUCAAAAUCUUGUCAUCUGAUUAUGAACAAAAGUAGAUCUGCAGGGAGAGACAGUGGUCUUCUAGGCAUUUCAGGUUACUGUACUUAUCUGUGUCUCAGCAACACAUAGGUUUUGUUUUUGUUUUUAAACAGUCAUUAGCUUUGCCAGGUACAUACUUUAUUUAGAAGUAUAGUUUUGUCUAAGUGCAUCCCAGUUUUUCAUUUUAAUAAUGUGGGCAUAAUUAAAUUUUUGUGAAAACUACCAGUAAAAAACAUCUAAGAGGAAAAGCUGGGUUUUUCCCUUAUAAAAAUGCCUAUAUAGCCAUUUUUGAGUUAUGUAGGGUAAAAGAAAAAAA